AGUUUAUUGAAAUAUAUUCCAAAAUGUUAUUUUUGGUUAAAAAAAAAGACAGUUCGUUGAAGUGUCACACGGGGGCACAUGUCGAAACGGGAGGACAAGGGCGGAGCACGCACACAUCGCCAUGACAACAGACCCUGAUAACUGACGGAAGGGGAGCACGGGUCAACUGCGUCUCAACCGGGGCGUGUCCGCGAUCGCCCACCGCUAAAAGCCGUCCGCCGCCUCGCUCGGUAACCAAGAGCGAGGGGUGAGGGAACGCCGUAUCUGCGUGAUUAGGCCCAGUGCACACACAUUAAAACAUCGCCGUGGACAACAGUGACGGGCUGAGAGCGAAGGUGUGACCCACACGUGAGCAACGCCGCCGUGGAAGCGGAUCUGUGUUAAAGACGACUGGGAAAGCAUGAAAAUGGGACAAUGGUCAACGAGGAAGGGUGUGGCCCCUCGAAAACAGCCACGCUACACAGACCGCUUGAUGAAGACGCCGAAAAGAAAUUCGUGGGGGGCAACGACAAAAAAAACAAGAUACCAUCUGAAACACAUAAACAAUUGUCGCUGAAGCGUGCAACACGCAAAAACAGACACACCAGCGGAGCAGAAAGAAGAAGGGUCUGCAGGAAGUCAGCGGUUCUCUGGCUUCAUUGUGAAGACAUCAUUCAUACAGUGUUGACUCAAUGGCAUGUACCAGCCACCACAAACAUAAGCCUGUUGAUUUAAGGAUUUCCAGCUUUCUUCUGAGCUUUGCUUAAUUUGUUUAAAACCUCUGAAUUGAUCCCACACUCCCUUAAAGAGCAUAUUGACUUUAACCUAAUCACAGCCCACGUUGCCAUGACAGACAGGCAAUCACUGCAUUCCAUACAUGUGAACGUUCAUAGCUGUGAUUCAAUUUCCUCCGGAGGUCUCGUUCAGUGGUACAUUAUUAUACAAACGGCUCUGAGAGAGGUUUAUCCCGCUCCCCUAUGUGACCUGAGUAUAAAUGCCUCAUUCACGGUCAGGUUCCGGCAGUCGUCGACGAGACCUGGUUGUGUUUCCUGUUUCUGACCCGAUGAAAUAAGAAGUGCUGUAAAAGAUGACAUCAGCGGCUUUACUGGUGGCCCUGCUGGUAUUUGCCAGCUCAGGCCAAAGCUCAGGUGUGAUCGUCACCAGCUGUGGGGCUUGUCACGACCAAGCCACCUGCCACAGCCCACCAGCACCAGGGGACAUCUCGUGCACCUGCAGGACAGGCUUCAGCGGCGACGGCCUCGCGUGCUCACCGGACCACACCGUGGCCUCGUCUUCCGCCGUGCGCCACACCCAGAGCCUCCUCCGCCAGGCCAACCCCGGAUCCGAUCUGUCCAACGUCCGGUUCAGCUGCGGCUUCAACCAGUGCGCCGACGGGCAGGACUGCCUCGAAAUCGACGGUUUCCAGCGGUGCGUCGACCCCUGCCAAAGAUUCACGGUGCUGAACGAGACGUGGCGCACCACCGACAAUGUCGCGGGCGACAACCACUGCGACCGCGACAUACAGUGGGAUGGCUAUUACCGCAUGUUUAUCGGGAACCGGAGCGCGUCCAUGCCGGACCAGUGCGUGGAUUCAUUACGAUGCGGCACCCAAGCCCCCCUGUGGCUGGCAUCACCUCAUCCCCGGGCGGCCGACGGGAUUGUCAAGAGUUCGGUCUGCGCCAGUUUCAGGGGGUCCUGCUGCUGGGUUCAGUCUAAUGCCAUCCACGUCAAGGCCUGCCCAGGGAACUACUUUGUGUACAAGUUCGUCAAGCCGCCCGGAUGCUACUUUGCCUAUUGUGCCGAUGUGGGAGAUAUUGCUACAACCACAAAACCAGUCAAAACAACAGCAAAAGCCCCUGUCACCACGACAACAACACAAGCCACUGUUAAGAUCACCACGACAACGCAACCACUUAUUAGAGACAGCACUACGACAAAAACACCCGAUGGCACCAACCUCACUGAAACAACAAAGUCACACGUUACCACGACUACACAAAGAGAUGUGUGCGGUACCUGCCAACCGGGAGAGACCUGCGUGAGUCACGAUGGGGUCAACUGGAGGUGUGGGAUGUCGGAUAGGCCUGUUUUGCUCCGCCCUGAGCUGGUGUGUGGGCGGAGCCUCUUACAGGUGGGCGUUGACCAGUCAAACCUGAAGGCCGCUGGUCUGGACGCUACCACAGCUCACCUGGCCGACCCGCGGUGCAACGCUCAUGAAGAGCGUGGGGGGACGGUGUGGUACCUGGCCAAACGGACCGAGGGCACCUGUGGAAACACACUGGAGACAAAUGGCACCCACGCCAUUUUUUCCAACAGUUUAUUUGUGUACCAUAUUCAUGAUGUCUCCUUCACUCGACCUGUGAGCAUGCCAUUCUCCUGUUACUAUCCUCUGGAAUCUGACGCCAGCCUGGACAUGGCCAUCAAACCUUACCUGUCGCUGAAGAAUGCCACCAUGGGUAAGGGCUCCAAAGUGAAGUCCACCAUGACUCUCUACCGCGACCCCAACUUCACAGAGGUUUACCCAGCGGGCCGAGUCACCUUGCCUGUUGGUUCCAUGCUGCACGUGGGCGUGUCCAUAGAGGAGUCCGAGAUGGAGCGUUUCCUGGUCGUUCUGGAGGACUGCUACGCCACACAGUCCCCCAACCCCAAAGACACCACACGUUACUAUAUAAUUCAGAACAAAUGUGCAUCUAAAUUACGUGAGGUGUGGGUGGAGGAAAACGGUUCAUCCCUCAGGGCUCGCUUCUCCGCCCUGCUGUUCCAGUACCAUGGAGACCGCGAGGACGUCUUCCUGCACUGCAGCCUCAGUCUGUGUGACCAGAGGACCUCCUCAUGCUCUCCAGUCUGCGCCAAAAGGAAACGCCGCACAGUCAGCCCGUCUGUCCCCCUUGAACCCCUCACCAUCGGACCAAUCAGCUAUGAGGUCACAAAAUGAAGAUGGAACUUCCUUAAUCCAUUGCAUGCUUCCUGGAUCAUGCUUCCUGUAUGCUGAUAAACAAUGCAACCAAGGGAAAUAUGUUCUUUAUUUCAAAUGUAAACCUAGAUUUUAUAUGAUAAACAAUGCAAUUUUGUAUUGUUUUAAUAUAGGCAUAAUUUACCCAUACAACUUUUCUUUCAAGGAUAUUUAGUUUAGGGCCAGUCAUUCAUUUACUUCUGAAUCACUGCCUAUUUAUUGUUUGAAUUAAUCAGGUUUCUGCCUAUUUAUUGUUUGAAAUAAUCAGGUUUCUGCCUAUUUAUUGUUUGAAUUAAUCAGGUUUCUGCCUAUUUAUUGUUUGAAUUAAUCAGGUUUCUGGGCGAAAUGUGGAUAAUAUAACCACCAUAUUUAUUCUUCAGCCUAUUUUCUUUUAAAUCAAAUAUUUAAAUGAUAAAAAUGCUUUGUAUGUACAUUAAUUUCAUUUACUUACAACAAGUAUUGAAUGAAUUGAUCUAUGACAAUAGGUUAAUCUGUGACAAUGCAACACAAUCCAAAUAUAAUGUUAACAUUUAAAGAGCAACUGGACAAGAUGAAGUUUCCCAAAAGCCUAAGCUAUUUAAAAGUAAAUCAAUUGGAACCAUUCAGCUUCUGAAUUGUUGACAUCAGGAAACAACACUAAGUAGGCUGGCAUUGAAAGAGGUCACAUCGUCAGGCACAGUUAUUGUAUUGAUGUUAGCUAAUGAACAAUAUUUUUGUCAGGAAAAGGAGAGGGCCCUAGAAAAAUAAACAUUUCCUUAAACGACUGUGGAAUUAGUUGGUAGCUAGCUUCCCACUAAAUGUUCACAUUAUCAUGUAUUUUGAACAUUUACAUUGAAAAUAAAUGCAAUGAAUGGAUGAAGAUUCUCUAAACACAUAAUUUAGAAAAUCAAUCAGAUGUCAACUGAAUUACAGACAUUUAAAAAAUGUAUUGGCAUGGGGAAAUAAGUUCUGUGGGAAGUGUCAACUGUCAUUUCAUUUAUUGUCAGAUGUUUUCUCACGUCUUAUACUGUCAUUCAUUUUUUUAUUUUUCACCAUGUUUUAAUAGGA